AUGUUCGAUAUCCUGGAGUCGGAUAUUGUCGUAUUCCAGGAAACGAAGAUCCAGCGAAAAGACCUACGCGAUGACAUGGUCUUGGUCCCGGGAUGGGACUGCUAUUUCAGCCUACCCAAGGUAAAAAAAGGAUACUCUGGAGUCGUGAUCUACACUCGAAAUGCAACUUGUGCGCCAAUCCGAGCAGAGGAAGGAAUUAUCGGUGCUCUUUGCGCCCCAAAUUCAACAACUCCGUUCCGAGAGCUACCAGAAGACCAACAAAUUGGGGGUUAUCCGACCCUUGAGCAGCUGAGAGCACCAGAAGCUAUAGACUCAGAAGCAGACGAGGAAGACACGUCCAAAGCACCAGAAGAGCAAAUUGACCCGGCAGUGCUUGAUUCGGAGGGACGCUGUGUAGUGCUUGAGUUCCCGGCGUUUGUUCUCAUCGGAGUGUACUGCCCAGCCAAUCGCGACGAAAGUCGUGACAUGUUCCGACUCAGCUUUCUGAACGCUCUUGAUGCAAGAGUGCGCAAUCUGGUGGCUAUGGGCAAACGUGUUUUUGUGACGGGAGAUAUUAACAUAGCAAAGCAAGCUAUUGAUUCUGCCCACGCCCUCGAAGCCAUCCGCAAAAGCACCGCGACAGAGGAUGAAUUCAUUUCAACACAAUCGCGCAGACUGUUCAAUCAGUUACUCGAUGACGGCAAAGUUGUUGGCUCCCGUGAAGAAGGUAGAGGAGAGCCGGUGAUACUCAACACCCGGCCGGGCAACUUUGGAGCUCGUAUCGAUUAUGUGCUCUGUAGCCUCGAUAUGAAAGACUGGUUUGCAGAUUCAAACAUCCAAGAAGGAUUGAUGGUGCGUUUCACGGGCUCGGACCACUGUCCUGUGUAUGCUGUCUUCAAAGACCAGGUGCCAUACAACGGAAACAUGGUGCAUGUCAAGGACAUUGUGAACCCACCAGGUGUUUUCGAGAAUGGCGAGCGCCAGUUGGCAUAUUCAUCUAGUUGGAUGCUACCAGGGUCAGGGCGUCUGUUGCCCGAGUUUGAUGUCGACAAAAGACGCAGCAUCAAGGAUAUGUUCGCUCGGAAACCCGUACCCGGUGUUUCUCGUGAUGUUUUCUCCCCAAACACCCCCGGUAUAUCCGCAUCAUCAGAUUCAGUGGCUGUCAAACCGCAAAGCCUGACGAGCGGUAACAGGAUAUCUGUCUCAUCUUCCCCCAGUCAGAAACGCGUUCCAGAUACUUCGUCGCGCAAGAGACCACAGUCACAUUCAACUGUGCCCAUCAAACGAUCCAAGUCGUCUGGAAAUACGGGUUCUAAUAGCACUGCAGCAAGCCAAAAGACCCUCAAAGGAUUUUUCAAGCCAAAGCCAGUCGAGGGCCAAGAACAGGAGGAGUCACUUGUAACUUCGGCGGAAGAGCAGGCUCAGUCGUUCUCUGCCGGAUGCUCGUUACCACAAAAAGGAUGUCGUGUUCCUGGGGCCACCGAUGUUGGAAUGAGAAUGUCUCGCAACGCCGCUGAGGCACCUACACAACCACAGUCCUCUCAGAUCAGCACGUCUUCAGCAAAUUCAUCGCCUCAAAAAUCGCCCUACAAAUUGCAAACCGAUACAUUCGUUGACCCUAUUGUCAGCAAGGAAGACUGGAGCAAGCUCUUUACCAAAAAACCAGCUCCUCGCUGUGAAAGCCAUCAAGAGCCGUGUGUCUCUCUGACCACUAAGAAACCGGGAAUGAAUUGCGGUCGAGCGUUCUGGAUCUGCCCGCGACCCCUUGGUCCUAGUGGUGAGAAAGAGAAGGGCACGCAAUGGCGUUGUCCAACUUUUAUUUGGGCCAGUGACUGGAACUCGAACACCUAA